AUGGCUGGUGGCGCUCGGGUGGAGGAACGCAUUGGCAACUUCACCAUCAUGGAAGGGCCUUACCAGAGUUUGAGUGACACUGUGGAUGCCUUCCCCUCUGGUGUGUCUGUGGUUUUUGAUCCCUUCAUGGCCCAAGACUUUCCGAUAGAUCCACGCUAUGCGCCAAGGGACCCGAGUGAAGUCUUGUGGGGCUGUUUUGACAACAUCAACACGACGUGCAGCUGUAGGCAGUGGGAAGCGAUGCAACGCUGUUGGGAGUUGAUGAACAAUUUGAUCUUGCCAGAUGUUGCGAUCCGACUCCGUGACGACGAUGCUAUUCUGGAAACCUUCGAGCUGCCUGAUUCCUUUGGGGUGCAUGUCUUGCUGAAUUCCAUGAUGCUGGCACAAGUGCCGGUGCAACGCCUUGGCCCCAACGAAGCUCCGAUCUUGCCCGCCAAGUUCUUGACCGAUGGGGAUCAGGCACACCUUUGCUAUUUCCAGAAUUACAACUUCAGGGAUCAGAAGGUCUCCAAGAACUUUUGGGAUGUGGGCAAGGUGACACUGCGCAGGUUGAACAAGCUGGAAUGGGAUAGUAUCCGGCAAGAGAUUUGGACGUAUUUGAGCUCUGCUGGCAAGAGCAUCUACGAUGAUGCUGAUCCAAGUGAGCUCAAAUUUCUUUGCGAGAGCAACGCACUUCAACUGGAGCGCAGCGCCCAAGGGGAGGUUCAGGCAGAGGCAGCGGCAUGCGAGGAGCGCCUAGAGGUGACGCGGUUGGCUUUGGCACAAAUGCAGAGUGAAGUCACAGCUCAGGCAGAGCUAUUGGAACACGUACAGCAGCAAAUGGUGGAGCUGAUGAGUCCGCCACCAAUGGAACGAUCCCUAAGGAUUUCGCGGAGGGUUCAGCGCUGGACGAAGCUUGAGCCUCAGCUGGGGCGCCUUCGUGGACUUCAAGGCUUGGAGUUGAUCAAGUCAUCGCAAAGCCACUCUCUCACGGGCGCCGGACGCGAAGGUCUUGUGCCUGGGCCGCUGGAGACCUUGGAUGGGCGCCGACGCGAGGACGACAACGGAAAGGACGACAACAGUCUCGCUUUGCAUCAACAUGCAUGCCCACUCGCAGCCAACACCGAAGCCGCCUUGAAGACCGUGACUGAGCACAGCCGUGCUGUGGGCCUGGAGUUUGCACACUUCGGUGCCCGGGAUCCGGAACUUGAAGAAGCGCGUGCAGGUCAAGACUUCCAUUGUCCUGCCGCCUGCUCGGCAUCAUUUGCACUCCGGAGGAUCCCGUGUUCGAGAAGCUGCUUCUCUCGCGCCUGA